GAGCCUGAGAUCCUGGGGGGGAGGCUGACUCCGCCCUGGCUGGAGGAACUAGGUGCUCCUGCCCGCUGCCCCUUCGCGCGUGAAGAUUAAUCUCAGGUUAAGAAAUGGCAUUUCAAAAGGCCGUGAAAGGGACUGUUCUUGUUGGAGGGGGUACACUUGCUACCAUCUUAGGACUUUCUCAGUUCAGUCAUUACAGAAGGAAACAAGUGAACCUGGCCUAUGUGGAAGCAGCAGAGUACUUUUCAGAACCUGUUAACAGGGAACCUCCUUCCAGGGAAGCUCAAAUACUAACUUUGAAGAACACACCUGAAUUUGAUAUCCUUGUUAUCGGAGGAGGAGCAACAGGCAGUGGCUGUGCACUAGAUGCCGUCACCAGAGGACUAAAAACAGCCCUUGUAGAAAGAGAUGAUUUCUCAUCAGGGACCAGCAGCAGAAGCACUAAAUUGAUCCAUGGUGGAGUGAGAUAUCUUCAGAAGGCCAUCAUGAAGUUGGAUAUUGAGCAGUAUAGGAUGGUAAAAGAAGCCCUUCAUGAGCGUGCCAACCUACUAGAAAUUGCUCCCCAUUUAUCAUCUCCAUUACCUAUAAUGCUUCCAAUUUACAAAUGGUGGCAGUUACCUUACUACUGGGUAGGAAUCAAGCUGUACGAUCUGGUUGCAGGAAGUAAUUGCCUGAAGAGCAGUUAUGUCCUCAGCAAAUCAAGAGCCCUUGAGCAUUUCCCCAUGCUUCAGAAGGACAAACUGGUAGGAGCUAUUGUCUACUAUGAUGUAUUGGACGGAGCCACAAAUUGGAACAAGUUGCCAUGAAGGUUUUCCUAACUCAUGCUAAG